AUGGAUCUAGUCGUGGUCCUGGUGCUCUGUGCUUCCUGCUUGCUUCUCUUUUCACUCUGGAGACAGAGCUAUGGAAAAGGAAAUCUCCCACCUGGUCCCACUCCUCUCCCAAUUAUUGGAAAUAUUCUACAGUUAGAUAUGACGAACCUCAGCCAAUCUUUACGCCAUUUCUCAAAAACCUACGGCCCAGUGUUCACUCUGUAUUUUGGCAUGAAGCCCACAGUGAUAUUGUAUGGGUAUGAAGCAGUGAAGGAAGCUCUGAUUGAUCGUGGAGAAGAGUUUUCUGGGAGAGGCCAUUUCCCAGUGGCUGAAAAAGCUAAUAAAGUACAAGGAGUCCUUUUCAGCAAUGGACAGACUUGGAAGGAUAUCCGGCGCUUCUCCCUCAUGACCCUGCGGAAUUUCGGGAUGGGAAAGAGAAGCAUUGAGGAACGCGUUCAGGAGGAAGCCAGCUCCCUAGUGGAGGAGCUGAGAAAAACCAAAGGUGCACCUUGUGAUCCUACUUUCAUCCUGGCCUGUGCCCCCUGCAAUGUAAUCUGCUCCAUUGUUUUCCAGAAUCGUUUUGAUUAUACAGACAAGGAAUUUCUUAACUUGAUGGAUAGAUUCAAUGAAAAUAUGAAGAUUCUGAGUUCCCCAUGGAUUCGGAUUUGCAAUUCUUUUCCUGUGCUUCUUGAUUAUUUCCCAGGAAGUCAUAACAAACUACUUAGUAAUGUUGCUGCUUUAGAAAAUUAUGUUUUGGAGAAAAUAAAGGAACACCAAGAAUCCCUGGACAUUAAUAAUCCUCGGGACUUCAUUGAUUGCUUCUUGACCAAAAUGGAAGAGGAAAAACACAACAAGGAGUGUGAGUUUACUAUUAGCAGUUUGAUAACCACAGUGCAUGACCUGUUUGGAGCUGGGACAGAGACCACCAGUACCACCCUGAGAUACGGCCUCCUACUUCUGAUGAAGCACCCCGAGGUCACAGCUAAAGUCCAGGAAGAGAUCAACAAUGUCAUUGGCAGACACCGGAGCCCCUGCAUGAAGGACAGGAGUAACAUGCCCUACAUGGAUGCUGUGGUGCACGAGAUCCAGAGAUUCAUUGACCUCAUCCCCUUGAGCCUGCCCCACGCAGUGACCCGUCACAUUAAAUUCAGAAAUUACCUCAUCCCCAAGGGCACUACAGUAUUACCGUCACUGACUUCAGUGCUUCACAAUGGCAAAGAAUUUCACAACCCAGAGAAAUUUGAUCCCAGCCAUUUUCUGGAUGAGAAGGGCAACUUUAAGAAGAGUGAUUACUUCAUGCCUUUCUCAGCAGGAAAACGAAUUUGUGUGGGAGAAGGUCUGGCCCGCAUGGAGCUGUUUUUGUUCCUGACCACCAUUUUACAGAAAUUUAACCUAAAGCCUGUGAUUGACCUGAAGGAUAUAGAUGUCACCCCAGUGGCCAAUGGGUUUGCAUCUUUGCCACCCUAUUUCCAACUCUGCUUCAGUCCUAUCUGA